AGCAGGAUGGAUGGUGUCCCUCUAAAGAUGCCACAGGGUGCCUCACAGGAAGUCAAAGACGACAUGGAAGUUCUUGUCCCUGAUUAUCUCAGCAGACUGCAGGACACAGAGUAUGAGUUCAGUCUGGAGAACUGGGUGCUAACCGGGCUGCAGAGUGGCUUCACCAGCCAUCAUCCGCCUCAGCCGUCCUCCUCUUCAUCAGGACUGCAGCCGUCUUGUCCGCCGUACUGGAUGAUAUUCAGCAGCCCGCAGCAGAGCCGCCUGGCCAGCCGCCACCGCUCCGACUUCUGGGAGCCCAAUCCUCGACAGCGCUCCCACAGCCUUAACCCCGACGUCCUGCGCACUACGUUGGCCAUCUCGGACUCUGAGGAUGAGUCUGCAGAAAAAGCCAAGACAUGUUUGUCAGUGAAAGCCUCCUCUGGUGGAGAAACUUCCGCUGCUUCAUGUCAUCGUGGUCAGAGGAAAGCACAGAGAGCAUUUGUCCCAGACCUCCUGAACCCUCCGGCCUGCCUCAGCAGCCUGCCUCACCAGCGCAGGAAGAACCUACGACAGUGCAGCCUUUCAGUGCUGGACACGUCCGAACAGCCCGGUCCAAACAUAGACAGCCUGUCCUCAAACACGACCCCCGUUAGCAGAGCCCCCAACACCAGAGCCAAUACAGUGGACGUGCUCCCCAGCAUCAGCGACCGCAACACAAAACACAUGAAGUCCUCCGGUUCCGACUCGUCAGCAGAGCUCCUGUCGGCUCUGAGCCCGGAGGAGAGAGAGCUGCUGGGGGCCAUCACUGCCCGGGGUUACCCACUCCGCACCGCCAUCAUCGCACUGCAGAAGACCGGCCGGCAAACCCCGGAUCAGAUCUUGAGUUACCUGGUGGCGUGUGACCAUCUGUGUCAGCUGGGUUAUGACGUGGCUCUGGUAGAAGAGGCUCUGGAGAUGUUUCAGAACUGUGAAACAAAGGCAGAGGAGUUCCUCCAUCUGCUGAGUCAGUUCAAUGAGAUGGGCUUCCAGCAAAAUGCCAUCAAAGAAGUUCUGCUGGUCCAUGAAAACCACAGAGAGCGGGCGCUGGAGGAGCUGAUGAUGCGUGUGGCGUGA